AUGCCACAUGCCUUGUCUUGAGCAUCCAUUCUUUGUACUUCUUUUUCCUGACUCAUAAAAGUUGAAAGCAACCAACAGGCUGUCCUUAUUAUCCAUCUUCCUUUCUUUCUCUCUCAACCUACUACACUCACUGGAGGAGGUGAGGAAGCCCCUAUAUUUGGAAAAAAUAAAUAUUAAAAUAUUUGGUUCAACUUCUAAGACGGAGCAUAUCAUCCAGACCUUUUUGCCUCUCUCUCCUCCUUCUUCAGUAUCAACUUUCAAUACAUUAUCCACUCCACUGUGUGCACAAAUCCAUGACUUCACAUCCUUUAACUCUCUAACAGGCAACCACUGGUCGGUGAAGGAAGAACUGAGCAUCCUAUUGCUGCUCUUGUCUGCAACUGCAAGUACUCUCUCCCUUCCUUCUUUCAAUCACUACUGUUUAUUUAUUAUUUAUAUUUAUUUCCUUUCUACUUUUAUCUUUCUAGUUGCUUCACUGUGCCUUCUUUGGUAACCUUCUCAAUUUAUGCUUCCAUUUUCCUUGGAACUCUUCCUACUACUUCAUUAACUCUAGGCGGUCAUGUCUUUAUUUACUUAUUUAAUUCUUCUUAAAAUUUAACCCUUUCUUUCUUCCUAGUACGGACAAAAACUUGUCCAAUGUGUUUGUCUUAUAAUUGCCUGUUUGUGUCUGUCUAGUUUUUCUUGAUUUCCUCCUCCCCCUCUAUCAUCAUCUAUCACUUUCCAUUCUUCUUCAAUUGGACUUUUACCCAUCCCCUUUUCACUUGCUUCUUAAUUUAAGUUUGCCUCUCCUUACUGUCUCACUAUUUAUGCAAUACAACCUCAUGCCUUUCUCACUGCAUAAUUUUCUCUGUUGCUCCUCAUGCAAUUCUGAACCUAUGGUACAUAGCACAUAUAGAAGGCUUCCAUACCCAACAUAGACUCGAUGGAGGAGCAUAACAGAUUUGGAGUUUAUAGAAUGGAGGGAGAGUUUUCUGUGGACUUGAAGCUUGGUCAUGUGGGGAAUUCUGGCACUGAAUCAGCAUUAGCCAAGUUCAAAGAUGUUGCUGCUGGUGCUGGAGUCUCCAAAGUGGCUUCCUCACCUUCAGGGUCUUCUAAGAGAGCUAGAGCCAUUAACAGCACAACCCUGACUGUGUCAUGCCUUGUGGACGGGUGCAAUUCUGAUCUUAGCAACUGUAGAGAUUAUCAUAGGCGACACAAGGUGUGUGAACUCCAUUCCAAGUCCCCAGAGGUCACAAUCGGUGGCCUCAAGCAAAGGUUCUGCCAACAAUGUAGCAGGUUUCAUUCGCUGGAGCAAUUUGAUGAGAGAAAAAGAAGCUGCAGAAAGCGUUUAGAUGGACACAACAGACGGAGAAGAAAGCCUCAGCCAGAACCUCACACCCGACCUGGUAGUUUUUUAUCGAAUUACCAAGAUUUUUCAGGUACUCAGUUGCUACCAUUCUCAAAUCCACACGUGUAUCCUUCCAGUGCCAUGAUGAGCACCCCUUGGAGUGGAGGGCUUGUGACUUCCUCUGCAGAUGCUAGGUUGCACAACCAGCACCACCAUCAAGAGCUAUUUCUAGGAUCUUCUCAGAAAGAAGGGAAGCAAGUGGCAUUCCUACACGGUAACCAUCCCUCCACAGGUGCACUGAGCAACCAAAGCCUUCCCUUUCCGUCUCCUUCUGUGUGCCACACGCUUCUGAGGAGCAGCCCUUUAUCAGAAAGUUGUGGAGCGAGAAGCAAAAUGUUCUGUGAAAGCUUAACAACAACAAAUUCGGUGCAUGACACUCCUUGUGCUCUCUCUCUUCUGUCAUCAUCACAGACGCACACACCUGGGAAUGGUUUGAAUCAAAUGGUGCAGGCACCGUCGAUGUCCCUGAUGCAGCCCUUAGGCCUGAGUCUGCAGGAUAACAGCAACUUAGAGUCUGUGGAGCGAGUGUUGGUUCCCAAUGGGAGUGACCACUGUUCCUCCAUGUAUAGCUUGGGUUCUGAUGGAUCCCACUGCAAUGAAGCCCCUCAACUGUUCCCCUUUCAAUGGGAAUAGACCUUUUCAUCGUAAGCCAAUCAUUCAUAAUCACACUUUGUCUUUCAUUCCUAAUGAAUUCUGAUUUUUAUCCUAAGCCAAUCAUUCCUCAUCAAUCCUUAAACCCUUAUGAACAAUCCUGCUAUUUUUAUCUGUAUCUUCACACCAACAAAAACUAAACAAUUUUACAUGCCAUUCACUACACUAACUUAACUGUAUAACCAAAAUUUACAUGUAUACCUUUAA